CAACGUCGUCGUUUCAAACUACCCACUGCCUUGAGCUUUCGAUCGUCUUCCCUCCGAGUGGCGGCGGCGAACCCUUUUCUCCGUUUCUCGCACCGCCUCCGCCUCCGCCUUCCGGCGGCUUUAGUUUUUCCCCCCUACUCUUCCAGUCCCUCUAUAAUUCCUCAAUUCCCCGAUAGAAAUCGAUAUUUUCUACAAUUUUGCUUCCUUGGUCCCUUCCCUACCGGCGACCAAUGGAGGCAGUUGCAGCACCACUCCCGGAUUCCGGCGCUGCCGUACUUGACCACAACCCUAACCCGGCCGAAGUCGAGGUUUUGACGCUCCGCGUCGACGAAGUUGUUCAGAAAGUCGAUAAGCUGGAGGAGAAGGUGAACGAGGUUGAACAAUUCUAUACCAACUUGAGCAAGAAGCAGCAGCAAACGGGUUCGAAAGGGAGCUCGGCGGUGAAGGAGAAAGAGAAGCAGGUUCUUAGCAUGAGGAAGCAGCAGCAAGAUGCUUCCAGGCGUGAAGCGGCGGCUGCUAAGAGAAUGCAGGAGCUUAUGCGACAACUUGGAACUGUUCUUAAGCAGCUGACCAUGCACAAAUGGGCAUGGCCUUUUAUGCAACCAGUGGAUGUGAAAGGUCUUGCCUUACAUGACUACUUUGAGGUUAUUGACAAGCCGAUGGACUUCAGUACAAUAAAAAAUCAGAUGGAGGCCAAGGAUGGUACUGGUUAUAAGAAUGUCAGGGAGAUAUGUGCUGAUGUGAGGUUAAUAUUCAAGAAUGCAAUGAAAUAUAACGAAGAAGGGAGUGAUGUUAAUUUUAUGGCAAGAACUUUGAUGGUCAGGUUUGAAGAGAAAUGGUUGCAAUUUCUUCCAAAAGUCACUGAAGAGGAGAGAAGAAGAGAAGAGGAGGAAGCUGAGGCUCAGUUGGACAUGCAGCUCGCCCAGGAGGCUGCUCAUGCUAAAAUCACAAAAGAUUUGAGCAAUGAGCUUUAUGAUCUUGAUAUGCAUCUUGAGGAGCUUAGAGAAAUGGUUGUUCAAAACUGCAGAAAAUGGUCCACUGAAGAUAAAAGAAAGCUAGGGGGAGCCCUAACAAGAUUGUCUCCUGAAGAUCUCACAAAAGCGCUGGAGAUAGUUGCUCAAAAUAACCCAGGCUUCCAAGCAACAGCCGAGGAAGUGGACCUGGACAUCGAUGCACAGAGCGAAUCUACACUGUGGAGGCUGAAGUUCUUUGUGAGGGAUGCUCUUGAAGCACAAAGUAAAACUGCACCUGCUAGCACUGGUGGGAAUACCAACGACGAUAAGAACGUCAACAAUAACAAUGUCACCAGCAACAACCAUAAGCGUAAAAGAGAGAUUUGUGAUGCCAUUGCCAUUGCUAAAACCGCGAAGAAGAGGAGCAAGAAGCCUUCUUGAUGGUGGCUAGGACAGCUUUUCACUUUUCAGCCAUUUGUACAGAGAGGAGGUGGUUGAAGGAGGACAAAAGCAAGGAACCAGAGAUGUGUCUAUCGUGCGUAACGUUCACUGUUUUUCACUCUUUUCUGUCUUCGAUAGAUUUGCUAGGAUGUAACAUAGGAGGGACUCGGUUGUCGGAGUUGCAACUUCCAACUGAUUGAUUCUUUUUCUUUCUAAGAUAAAAGGGUAGCUUUUCACACUUUUCACUGCGAAAGAAAUGGUUCUGCGAAUAUAUAAAAGGAAGGAAGCACGAAUCCUUCCCUCUGGUUUUGGGUUUGUCCAGCCUACCAAUCUGGGCGUUUGACUUUUGAGUUGUGUCUAUUUUCUUUCUCUCCUUAUUCCUUCUAUUCAUUAUUCUAAUAACUCGAGUUAUUGAAUCCAACUAGUUCUCGAC